AUGCUGCGUGUAACUGCUGUGGCCAUCAUCUUUGCCGUCCUACUUGGAGUAUUUUCCUCUCCCAUUACUUUGUCACCUCCCUACGACCUUAAAACGCAGGUGCCGUCAUUGCUGCCAUACCGUAAUAGCAAGGAUAAAGACAACCGAUUCCGUCGACUUGGGCUCAUGCGAUGGACUUGGAAGACUGAUAUGCCCCAGUGGGAAAGCGGCUCACUUCGUAUUCAUGGAAAUUUCGCUAGAUCUGACCGAAGUUUCAAUGGCAUCGUCUCCAAAGACGAGAACUGGGCCAUAUGCAUUGGCAUAGAAUGUUUCGUGGCUACCAUGAAAUCCGAUUGGACCCAGGUUGAAUCUCUCCAAACAUUCCAACUUCCUAAGAGGAAAACAACGGGCUUCAUACAAAUCACAGGACUUCAAGCUACAGUCAACUGGGGCAAUGAUCGGGAGAGAGAGCAACGUUGGAGGGCAUUCGUCGGUGCUGUGUCCCAGUCAAAAGAUAUCUUGGAAUUUUACAAUCAUAUGAUGCACCUCAUGCUUAAUGACAGCAUGCUGUAUGGAGCGGACGGGUCGAUAUCGAAAGAAGUGCCACCUCUUUGGACUGCACACUACAAUGCCAUGCAGCAUGCGCGGGCCAUUCCCACCCUUCAAUCCUCCCAGUGA